GAUCUUGAAUUCAGGAAUGUUAAUAUCUUACUCAGUGUCAUAGACUUUUGUAUGGGUUGUCAACUGAAAGGGCGGAUGUUCAAAAUAUUCUGGCAACAGCUAUUACUGGAUAUUUCGCGGGAAAUGGCGGAAUUUGAGAAGAAGUUGUACGAGAAAAGAAUUAAAACAGUCUUCCCUGAUAACAUUAACUGAAUGUGUUGUGAAGUCUUCUUACAGUAAAUGAUAAUGGCAGAAAUUGUGAAAGCUGAUGAGAAAGUGGUUGAGACGGAAGCUGAUGAAACAAAGGAAGCAUCAACAAGUGCAAGUGCUGGAUUGUCAUGUAGGCCUAGGUACUCUGAGGGAAUGGAGGUGCUGGCAAGAUGGACUGAUGGCCUCUCCUAUCUUGGUACAAUACAGAAGGUGGAUACAGAACUUAAAAAAUGUUUUGUUACUUUUGAAGACAACUCCGAACAUUGGGUUCUGUACAAAGACAUACAGAAAGGUCUCCAGAUGGGAGAAAUAACAUGUUCCCUUUGCCACAGUGGUGAUUCAAACCUACCCAAUGAGAUAGUACUUUGUGAUCACUGCGGUCUUGGUUAUCAUCAGAAGUGUCAUCAGCCUGUAAUACAUCAAAAGGUUUUGUUAUCGGAAGAUGAGCCGUGGGUCUGUCGUCAAUGUGUGUUUGUCUGUUCCCAAAAGGUUGGAGGUGCUACCCGCAGGGGAACCGCAGCAAAAGUAUUUGAAGAGAUGAAAAGAUCUCUUCCAUACAGGCUUGGGAGUCUUCACUGGGACAGUAAUCAUCGUACCAAUGUGGAGCAAUGUUACUGCUAUUGCGGUGGACCUGGAGACUGGUUCUUGAAAAUGCUUCAGUGUUGCAGAUGUAAACAGUGGUUCCAUGAAGCUUGUGUGCAGUGUCUGGAGAUGCCUAUGCUGUAUGGGGAUAGAUUUUUCAUAUUUGUUUGUUCGGUCUGCAAUCGGGGUCCAGAAUAUUUGAAGAGGCUGACAAUGAAAUGGGGUGAUGUUGCGCAUCUUGUACUCUAUAAUCUAACAUUAUUGCAUAAAAAGAAAUAUUAUGAUAUUGAAGAAGAAAUUAUUCCAUUUCUUAAUGAAAUUUGGGACAGACUGCAAGCACAAAAUCUUCAUCCUAGUUCCAGACUUGAAAGACCCCGAUGUAUUUUAGAAGCAUUAUCGUCAUCAAAAAAUAAAUUUCGUUGUGGAAAAGAAGUUAAGAAGAAAAAAACCAUUUGGGGGUUGAGAAUUCGGACACCACCAAUCCAACCCCAAGUUGUCUUGCCAGCUAUUGGACAAAUCACAGAAGAAGUUAUGAAUGACCUUCAGAUGAAGGGUCGAAAGGUUGUGACAUUUGUCCCAGUUCAAAGUAAUUCACCCGUUCCACUGCUGCGCAAAAGGAAGUCCAACGGAGAAAUAGACAAACGUACGAAAAAAGCAAGGAAAAUGCUGGAUGGUGAACACAGGAAUUCAGUAACAGCCAUCUCAAGUAAAAACAAAACAAAUACAAGCCUCAAUGGAAGGUGCAACACAACCAGUUUUCUUAACUCCAUCCCUGUUGGUGGGCCAUCUGUCUUGGAUUCCAUUCAACCGCUAGAGACAUUCCAGUGUGGUGACAGUUUGUUACCAGCUACUUCUUAUGCAAACAGUACAAGCGCAUCAGAUAGCAGCUCCGUUGUAUCGAUGGCAAGCAUGACCAGUUCCGAAAUCCUUUCAAGGCGAAGAAAACGGCAGAGAAAAUGGAAGAAGUUUGUCCCUGAGCAUGAUCUUGAACUUGAAAAUGGUGAAGAUAUUGCCAACAACUUCACCGUGGUAAACUCUAAAAUAAAUGGUCUUUCAGAGACACAACUCUCGCUAUCUGAUCUCAAGCAGUCAAUCAAAUCAUAUUUUGGAGUGGAGAGCCGUAUCGCAUCUGGUGAACAAUAUACUAUACAUGGCAAAAGGACCACUGAAGAUGGACAAGUACAAUAUCUCAUUGAAUGGGAUUCUUGUCCUUAGUAUUAAAGAAGAUCGCAUACGAUAACCAAUUAUAUGCAAGACCAGAAUACUGUACAUUGGCAUAAACCAUUUUACAUAAAAUAAACUGAAAAUUGAUGGAUUUUGUAUCAUGUGACAUUGGUUAUUUAUACCAUUUCGUCACUCCUGAAGAUUUAGUUCCAUUUGUGCAUUUUUUGUUCUAUUCGUUUUGUCCCAUUGCACGCCUCGACCUAAUACAAUCUUUCUGUUAGUUAAAAAACGAUGGACUGUUUCCAUUCAGAAGAAAGGUAGACUGAACUCUAUUUUUUUCCUUAACUUAUUAAAUGACAAGGACCUAUUUUAGUUGUGUUAUAAAACAAAUAGUAAAUGUUUUGUUAUUCAUACAAUUGCACUCAAAACAUUAAUUAUUUGUAUAACAAUGCACUGUAUGUGUACAAUCAGAUAUUCAUUUGCUUAUAUUUAUAUGUAGUUUUCCCUAUAGCAUUAUCUUAUUUUGCCUUUCGUUAUUCGUAAUGUAUGUACUGUAUAAUGCAUAAGAAUGUAUAAUUAUUAUCAGCACUAUGCUCCUUUUUAGACAUGCAUUAUACCUUCAAUUCUACCCAACACAAGUUUCAGGCACUUAUUUUUAAAAUUUAUUUAUCUCUGUUCUCUUUUACAGUUUUUUGACAUUCCACAGUAUAAUAACCAUAUAGUACAUCUUUAAAAAAAAUUAAUUCUGAUAUUUUUUAGGGAGAUUGUUGAAUAUUCAUUAUGUUGAAUUGUGUUACUGUUAAGCCCUGUCUAAGUUAUAACAUUUUCCUUGACAAAAAACUGCUGUAUGACCAUAUUUAGUGUUGUAAUGUCAUCGUGACCAUAUUUAGGCAUGUCACAUGAUUUAAUGGUUUCUACGGGGCUUUACAGUAUAUGCAUUAUAUUGCAUUAGAAAUAACUUAUUUUGUUCAAAAUUGAUUACAGUAUUGCAAAUCCCUCCUUUCCGCUCUGGCCAGAUGCAAUACUUAUUUCCUUAUUGUCCAUAUCCAGCCUCUUGUAUCCCUAGUUAAAAGGUGCUUUAUAAAUUCAUAAGUUUUUUGAGUGUUAACUUGUGGUUCACCAAAAUCAGAACCGAGCAUUACCAGUUUGAUGGGAGUGUUGAUGUUUAUCGUAAGUGCUUUGGCAUUUCUUUGAAGGGAAUAUUUACAUUAUAAAUUAACGAUUUUUCAAUAUUAAAAAUGUUAAUAAGAAAGAUGUUAAUUUUUGGUGGUUUUUUUUUUAUGAGCUGACACAAUAUGAGUGGUUUAUGUGUUGCAUUACAGCAUUGACAGAGCCUCAGAAUGCUAUAGAAGACCAAACUUGAUCUUGCAAUGUAAAAGUCUACAGUACUUGAGUGGAUUUUCUUAGGUAACUUGCAGGUAUAAUAUUUGUACUAGUAACAACUUUAAACUAAUGUUGGAAGGAAUAGUUGUUUAUUCAAGUCACUCUCUCACAGGUAAUUAACUUAAGCCCACGAGAAGAAUUAAAUUUGAAAAGGGAAUAUUUAGUGUACCGUCCUCUCAUUGGCUAUGCCCAUGCUUGCUUGGCACUAGAUUAAAUUACUGUAUAAAAAUUCUUCAUUUAAUUUGCUUGGCAUUAUUUUUAAAUAUUUAAUUUAGAUGCUAUGGAAAUGUGUCUUGUACAUCUAGAGCAUUAAGCUGGGCACACAUUGAGUUCAGUUGGUUGACGAAUCCAUCUCCGCUCUGAGCGCUUAACGACAUGAUGUUGUCUGCUGAUUGUCCGUAGCAGUCGGGUGGAUCGACAUUGAAAACAUGUUGUACGUGCAGUGAAAAGCCUGGUUUUUUAACAAUCUCUACACUGCCGCUAAAGUGUUUUCAGUGCAAUUAUUACACCGCGUAGCAGUCCCCAAAGGCUCCCUGAUUCGACCGACCAAUCAGCAUAACUACUGUAAAAGCUGUCAGUGAUAGCGUGUAGCGAUAGUAUGGAAACGAUGCUUAAGCAUCUGUUGGCGUAGUGUAUGCCCAGCUUACGAGUAGUUUAAUCAUCAAUCAAAUAUUAUUUAGGGACUUUUUCACAAUUUGUUCAGGUCUGAGUGUUCCUAAAAUAUUUUUUGUACUGUAUAUAAAAAUACUUUUUAUUAACCAACUGGGCCAUUGAAUCCUAGAAAACAUUUCAAUACCCUAUACAGUAUUUAUAUUGUAAUAUGAAAGGUAAAAUCAGGGAAAUCCUGUAAGUUAAAUUUAAAACUGCUUUUUCUUGCCUAAUUAAGCAAUGUCUCCCAUGGUACCAUGUCAGAUUGUGCUGAAAAAUCCCAGUUGCAGUGGAAAAUUUCAGAGUUUAUGUCCCUUUACCUAUUUAGUGCCACGCCCCUUUUUUGCACUAGCGAAUUGCCGCAAUGUGCAUUUAUUAGAAGCUUGUACUGUUACUAAAUUUAAUUUUUCUCCAGCUUAUUACAGUCAGUGUUUCUGAUUUAAAAUAUUAAUUCAGGCGUAUGUUCAUUAACGAGAAGGCUUAUUGGAAACAAUAUAUGAAAUGACUUAGUUUAGAAAUAUGUAUGUCUGACAUACACAUGCAGAAGCCGCUGGUGGUUUGCAAUGGUGAGUGAUAAUAUCUAUGCAAUGAAUAAUCACAUUAUUAUUAUUAUCACGUUUAUUAAUAGAAAUUGAGGUUCAAUCAAAAUAAAUGACUAAAACAUUAAAUUAUGUAUUUUCCGAAAUAUUCUUC